CGCCUGGGGUGAGUGGGGGGGGGUCUGGAAUGUGACCUCGUAGCCGCACGUUUCGCCGCCGCUAAACUCGGCCCGGGCAGUCAUUCCACCCAGUUCACCACUCCGUUUCCAUCCACGUCGGCUGAUAGCCCCGUCGCUCCGCCCUGCAUGCUCGCUAAUGAGCUCCCCUACAGCCCCAACGCAUCGCUGGGGCUGCAGUUGCAUUUGAUGGCUGUGGAAAGACUCCAGCGAGCUGUCUCCGUGUGUGACCUCGCUUGGUGGAAACGGCAGAGCUGGAGCGGGUGGUGGUGGGGGUGCCGCGUGAGUUGGAACAUUUCGCGGGUCAGGAGGGGUUGUCCACACACAAGAAGAGCCGCGUCUUUCUGUCCUAUUUGCAGAAACCGAGUGAAGGUGGCGUCGUGAGUGUCCAUCCACCAAGGCUGGCACAGCGUCACGCACAGCCAGCGUCACGCACAGCCAGCGUCACUGUGUCCUCUCGCGUUGACCGUGUCUGUACAAAUAAUGACAGAAUGAUGCGGAGACGUUGGCCAGAGCAGAGCCGUCGCCACCGCCGCUGGCGCCGUAGCACGGAGCCCGCACGAUGGCACCACCCACGAGCUCGGGGACCGGGGAGGGCGUCCCCGACGGCGGCUGGGGCUGGCUCGUCCUCGCCGGCUCCGUCAUCUCCAUCGGAUUCUCCUACGCCACCCCCAAGGGGGUCACGGUCUACUACAAAGAGAUCCAGGAGGUGUUCGACACCACCUACAGCGAGAUCGCCUGGAUCUCCUCCAUCAUGCUCGCCUUCAUGUACGGCUGGGGUCCCGUGUGCGGGGUCCUCGUCAACAAGUUUGGCAGCCGGCCGGUGGUGAUCCUGGGCGGCAUCAUGGCUGGGGUCGGCAUGAUCAUCGCCUCCUUCGCCACGUCCAUCAUGCAGCUCUACAUCUGCCUCGGUGUCCUCGUAGGCAUGGGCCUGGCCUUCAACUUGCAGCCGUCGCUCACGAUGAUCGGGGUCUACUUCUACAAGCGGCGGCCAAUCGCCUACGCCGUGGGCAUGAUGGGCAGUCCGCUCUUGCUGAGUACGCUGGCACCACUCAACCAGUUCCUGCUCAACACCUUCGGCUGGCGCGGCAGCUUCCUCAUCCUGGGCGGGAUCCUCCUCAACUGCUGCGUGGCCGGCGCUCUCUUCCGCCCGCUUCAGUUGCCGGUCAAGAAGCCGACGGUCGAGGAGAAGAAGGCGGAGGAGGAGGUGCCAUUGGCGACCAUCGAAGGCAAGAAGGCGGAGGAGGUGGAGGAGGUGAAGAAGAAGAGCGCUUGCGGGAAGAUCACUGACCUCCUGGACCUCACUCUGUUUGUGCACCGGGGGUUCAUGAUCUACCUGGUGGGGAACGUGCUCAUGUACAUCGGGUUGCUGGUGCCCAUCGUGUUCCUCACGCCCUCCGCCAAGCACAUGGGCAUCGAGGAGUACUCGGCCGCCCUGCUGCUCACCGUGCUGGCCAUGGUGGACCUGGUGGCGCGGCCCGCAUGGGGCGCCAUCGCCAACUCACGCUGGCUCCGCCCGCAGAUCCACAACAUGCUGAGCCUCUCCAUCCUGCUGACGGGCGUGUGCGACCUGCUGUGCCCGCUGGCCACGGGAUUCUGGGGCCUGGCGGUGUUCGCCGUGGGCUUCGCCGUCUUCUACGGCCUGCUGUGCGCCGUGCUCUUCGAGGCGCUCAUGGACCUGGUCGGGGCGAAGCGCUUCCCCAGCGCGCUGGGACUCGUCACCAUGGCAGUGUGCUGCCCGCUGCUGGUGGGGCCGCCCUUCGGAGGCUGGCUGGUGGACAGGACCGGGAGCUACAACGCCAUGUACCUCACGUGCGGGGGCAUCAUGGUGCUGUCGGGACUCUUCCUGGGCGUCGGAAACUUCAUCCACUUCCGGCUGCUCCGGCGUGAGCAGCUGCAAGAGCAGAGCCAGGACCAGAAGGGCGACCUGGAGUUGUCGGGCACCAGGGCCGGUUCGGGCACCCUACACGGGGAGAGCGACCUCACGCACAGGAACGGCAAAAAGGAGACGGACGCUUAGGGGCGUCUGAUGUGUGAGCCCAGUAAACACCGCCAGCACCAACACCACCAGCAGCACCAACACCGCCAACACCGCCAGCACCGGCAGUAGCUCCACCACCGCCAGCAGCAGGAGCAGCAGCAGCAGCUCCGCAGCAGCAGAGUGCGACCCACAUCUCUCGUCCGUUCAGCACAUAAUUUUCGACCACCCAAGCACAAUGAGAUUUUAACUUUUACCAAAUAUCUGAGGCCACUCCCCUUUAACUUCCUCUGUAACAACAUUGUGUUUUUUUGUUAAACAUGUAUAUUUAUAUAUUUCUGGAUGCUGGCAACAACUGCAUCUUAAAUGUCAUAUCAGAUUGACGGCAAGAGAUGAAGAGACAUGUCCGUUCCGGAGUUCCUUCGGUGGGCAGGGCUCCAAGCCGUCACGGCAGGGAAUGAUGCUGAAGGCUACGCCACGGAACUCAUCCAGAGGCCUCUGCCACCCAACGCGAGUCAGUCGGCACUCUGUCACAGGGCCUCAGAGAGCGGGGGGAGUCGGGGGUCUAGGAGGGAAGUUUGCGCGUGGCCUCAGAUCCAAGGGGGUCUCAGAAAAGGCUCCAGAUCCAGCCUGCUAUGCCACACCGUGUAAGGAGAUGUAUCGCCUGUGUUACCCAGCAGACUCGAUAAAAAAUUCGAGUUCUCAAAAGCUCAACUUUAUCCAAGUCAAGGGUGAAGCCAAAUAAUAUUUGAUGGCUUUCAUUUGGACAGUAAUGGGUGACUGGUGCUGAGGCCGUGAGCCCGAUACUGUCCACACGGAGGCGGCUCCUACGGAGAGGAAUCCCACACCCAGCGCCGGGAGCCGCCCGGUGCUACGAGUCGCUUAGCCGCUCGGCCUCCUCGCUGGUUGUGAUGAUUCCCAUUCACCUUGUUGUUGUUGUUGUUCAUGCUGUGUUAGUGAAUAGGCAGUUUUGGUUACUGUUAGAUAUAGCAACCGAAGCAAACCGCAGGGUUUGCUUGGUCAGAAAAGCUGCCCCUGAAUAGUUGUCGAGGAGUGCAGCGGAGGAGGAGCGCAGCCCACGUGUCACAGUGCACGGACUCACGAGGUCGCCGGCUACGUCUGCCGGCGCGGCAGUCGAGACAACACAGGGCACGGCUUCUUCCACCUCCCCACCUCCUCUUCCAGGAUGUUUGACCAGUGUGGAAGAGUAGGCCAAUACCCUGUAGAGGGAGCCCUCUAGAGCUCCCUCUCGUGGAGGCCUUUCUGCCAGCAGUGGUGUGAACGAGAAAUGUCAGCGCUGCCCCUUUACCUUUCCCCUUGAUACAUCCAUCAGUGGAUCGACAAAGGGCUGUACAUAUUCAGUGUCGAGUACGUGGAGUGUGCAUCAUGCAAGGAAAACGUUUGAACUCAAGCCAAAUGGCUCGUGUCUGUGCGCCAUUGGGUCUGGGUUUAUGAAAACGGCCGUGCAUUUUGGGCUGGGGUUCAGCAACGGAACACUAAAUGUGUAACUGUGUCAACUUUCCGUGCGUUAGGGAUACAAAUGAUGCUAUUUAUAUUGUUAGGUCUCAACGAUAUGCUCACGUGCUCAAGCUAUUGUAAUAAAAAUGAGGAUUGUUCCACACGCUUCUUAA